AUGGCAGACACGAUGGCGGAAACGAUAGCGGACAGCCUCCGCCUUUCUCCCAUCUUCGACGGCGAUAAGAACGAUCCCCUCAGCAUAAUGGAGGGCUUGAACCCAGAGCGUGCCCUGCGGUUGCUGCUGCCAUGCUCUCCAGAAAUGCCGACCAAAAGCGCGGUUGGGCCUCUCAAGACGGGUAGCAACGCCCUCAAACUGGGCGCGGCUACCUCUCAGAAGCCUGCAAGCAUUAAGAAUGAGCUUCCUCCAUCGCAAAAUGGAGGAUCCCGAUCGCUUUUGCACCUCCCAAGGAAUCUUCCCUCGGUGAUUGCGGGUGUCAAGAGGCCCCGCGAUCAUCUGGACGAUUCAGAGCAGCAAUGGUGCUCGAGUCCUCCUUCAUUGCCGCCUCAACCGGGACCAAAUGAGCACACCAUGUACUUGGAAAGCCUGCUUACGCCACGCUGCCUCCUGUUGACGCUCAAGUCAAGGUGCGGUGGCGGCAGCCAGUCGAUUUCGACCCAGUAUCGUUCAAUUUCAAACGCAGGGCUGCUCCUGGGAAACGUGAUCCAAGACCAUCUAGAUCUCCCUGUUCUACAGCUGCCACUUCCGAACCAAGCGGAAGGGAGCAUAGAGCGGGUCGUUCAAGGAGAGCUUCUAGAAAACGCUUGGUGCGAUCUCACGCCCGAGGCAAAGUAUGCCUAUGCCCGCCAACUGCGUCACAUUCUCAACAAUAUGCGAAGUGGCAUGAAUCCAACUCGCACCAAACCGGCCAUCUCAAACGAAGGGACCGUGCUGGGAUCUGCCUCUUCUGGUCCCUACUCUCUGAUACUGGACCAGCAUGUCCAGAAUACUUAUUGGGCGGUCCGCGCCAAGCCCACAUGCCGUCAAUUCAUUGCUUUUCUGGCAGCGUCGUUUGUCCCGUCUGUUCCGACACACGUCGCCGAGGCCUUGACCUCUCAGUUUCGGUUUGAUUACAGUAUCCGCUUCACUCAUGGCGAGCUGAGCCCAAAGAAUAUCAUUGUUCAGAACAGCAAGAUUGUGUGCAUUCUCGGCUGGGACAGUGGAGGUUGGUAUCCGGAGUGGUGGGAAUACGUCAAGUUCUUUGAGGCUCGCACUGCUCCGGAAAACCAAGACUGGUACGACUAUGCUCGCGACAUUUUUGCGGAAACGUAUCCGGGGGAACUUGUGGCGUAUCAGGGCAUUGCCAGAUGCCAAAGACAGUGA